ACGUAAACUGCUACGCUGUGACAUCAGAGCCAAGAUGGCUGCGCCCUGAAGCCUUUUCUUCCUAUCCUAAGUUUUUGCGCCUAGUUCAUGUCAGGUUCAGGGUCAGACUCUGCCUUUCUCCAGCUAUGUUUUCUCUCCGAGGUUGUGGUCUCUGUGUCGCGGCUUCCCUCAGCAAAAAGCACCUUCCGUUGGCCCGGUUCAUCGGCGACAGCGCGGCGCCCGUGGCUGCGAACUUUGACGUGGUAGUCAUUGGCGGAGGACAUGCCGGGGCCGAGGCAGCCGCCGCUGCUGCUCGGUGCGGCUCCCGGACUCUGCUACUCACCCACCGCGUGGACACGAUCGGUCAGAUGUCCUGUAAUCCUUCCUUUGGUGGCAUUGGCAAGGGGCAUUUAAUGAGGGAAGUUGAUGCCUUGGAUGGCCUGUGUUCUCGAAUCUGUGACCAAUCUGGUGUACAUUACAAAGUAUUAAACCGGCGUAAGGGACCGGCUGUUUGGGGUCUGAGAGCUCAAAUUGAUAGGAAACUCUAUAAGCAGAACAUGCAGAAAGAAAUCCUAAAUACACCGCUGCUUACUGUUCAGGAGGGAGCUGUAGAAGACCUUGUUCUUACAGAACCAGAGCCUGAGCACACCGGGAAAUGCCGUGUCAGUGGUGUGGUUUUAGCGGAUGGAAGCACAGUACAUGCAGAGAGUGUGGUUCUGACUACUGGGACGUUCCUGAGAGGCGUGAUUGUAAUUGGACUGGAGACACAUCCGGCAGGGCGUUUAGGGGAUCAGCCUUCCAUUGGGUUGGCUCAGACUCUGGAGAAGUUGGGGUUUGUGGUGGGAAGAUUGAAGACUGGGACUCCACCCCGAAUUGCCAAAGAGUCGGUUAAUUUCAGCAUUCUAAACAAGCAGACACCAGAUAAUCCAUCCAUACCAUUCAGUUUUAUCAAUGAGACAGUGUGGAUUAAGCCAGAAGAUCAGCUGCCAUGUUACUUGACUCACACCAACCCUAGAGUGGAUGAGAUUGUCCUUGAGAACCUUCACCUUAAUAGUCACAUUAAGGAAACUACAAGAGGACCCAGAUACUGUCCGUCCAUUGAAUCAAAGGUUUUGCGUUUUCCAAACCGUCUACAUCAGGUUUGGCUGGAACCUGAAGGAAUGGAUUCUGACCUCAUCUACCCUCAAGGGUUAUCUGUGACACUACCAGCUGAAUUACAAGAGAAAAUGAUCACAUGCAUUAAAGGCUUGGAGAAAGCUAAAAUGAUUCAGCCAGGCUAUGGUGUUCAGUAUGAUUACUUAGACCCCCGUCAGAUCACUCCUUCUCUUGAGACUCAUUUGGUGCAACGGCUGUUCUUUGCUGGCCAGAUAAAUGGCACUACUGGUUAUGAGGAAGCUGCAGCUCAAGGUGUGAUAGCUGGAAUCAAUGCAAGUCUUCGGGUCAAACGGAAGCCUCCUUUUGUCGUCAGCCGAACAGAAGGCUACAUAGGAGUCUUGAUUGAUGACCUCACCACACUGGGCACCAACGAACCCUACCGCAUGUUUACAAGCCGAGCAGAGUUCCGUCUGUCACUGCGCCCUGAUAAUGCCGACAGCAGGCUCACGUUCCGAGGGUAUAAGGAAGUUGGCUGUGUGUCCCAACAACGAUAUGAAAGAGCUUCUUGGAUGAAGUCUUCUUUGGAAGAAGGCAUUUCUGUGCUAAAAUCCAUUGAGUUUUCAAGUUCUAAAUGGAAAAAAUUAAUUCCAGAGGCUUCUAUAAGUAUUGGUAAAAGUCUGCCUCUCAGAGCUCUAGAUGUUCUGAAGUACGAAGAAGUUGACAUGAAGUUGUUAGCCAAGGCUAUUCCAGAGCCCUUGAAGAAGUACAUUAAAUGUAGAGAGCUAGCUGAAAGACUGAAAAUAGAAGCCACUUAUGAAUCAGUGUUGUUCCAUCAGCAACAACAAAUAAACGAAGUUCAGCAAGAUGAAGCGCUCCAACUGCCAAAAGACCUAGAUUAUUUAACCCUCAGAGAUGUGUCUUUGUCUUAUGAAGUUCGAGAGAAGCUACAUUUCAGUCGCCCAGAAACGAUUGGAGCUGCUAGUCGUAUACCUGGAGUGACACCUGCUGCCAUCAUCAAUCUGCUUCGAUUUGUGAAGACCACUCAGCAAAGACAGAUGGCUAUGAAUGAAUUGCCCAAAGCUAAUCAGUCCUUAUGUGAUACAGAAAGCCUUGAAGAGAGACAGUUAUAGCUUUAUAUUUAUAGAAGACUUUUAAGUAGUACAAGAGUAUAGAUAGGGUAUAAGAAGUAUUUAUAUUUAGCACCUAUUAAAAUAAUAAAAUAAACUUACUAGGUUAUUAUGGAUUUGUCACUAAUUUAUGAAGAGGGCAGAGAUUAUACUGGUUUUUUUUUUUUAAGAUUUUAUUUAUUUGAUAGAGAGACACAGCGAGAGAGAACACAAGCAGGGGGAGUGGCAGAGGGAGAAGCAGGCUUCCUGCUGAGCAGGGAGCCCGAUGCGGGGCUCGAUCCCAGGACGCUGGGAUCAUGACCUGAGCCGAAGGCAGACGCUUAAUGACUGAGCCACCCAGGCGUACCAUAACUGUGCUUUUUUAUGUAUCUGAAAAAAGUUAUAAAGUCUUCAUUUAUACUCUUUCUCUUAGGUGCUCUAAUACAGUGAGCCUAUUAAUAUAACUGCAGUGUUCAUCAGGGAGAUAAUAGUGGACCCACAACUAAACCUGAAGAAAAAUCUCAGCUUGCAGAUUUACCUACUUAUAAGGACCUUGUCCAUUAAAUGUUACCAAAGUGAAAGUUUUUUGUUUUUUUUUUUUUUUUUUUAAGAUUUGAUUUAUUUGACAGAGACACAGCGAGAGAGGGAACACAAGCAGGGGGUGUGGGAGAGGGAGAAGCAGGCUUCCCGUCAAGCAGGGAGCCCGAUGUGGGGCUUGAUCCCAGGACCCCAGGAUCAUGACCCGAGUCGAAGGCAGACGCUUAACGACUGAGCCACCCAGGUACCCCCAAAGUGAAAGUCUUAUGUUCAAAACUGUUUUGAAAGUUAGUAGUCUUUUGCUUGGUUAAUGAGGCAAUUUCAAAGCCCCCAAAUUCUUAGGGCUACAAAUUUUAAACUAUACAAAAUCACCUAGAAUCAUUCAGCUGAUUUCCAGCAUUGGAAUAUAGUAUGUAGGGUGAAAGUUGACUUUUGAGAUUCCUAUACUUCUGCAGGAAAUCCUCAUCAGUAAUUAUCUUUUUUUUCUCACCAGUAAUUAUCUUUGAACAUUAAUGAAAACCCUGUAAAAUAGAAAGGUUGGAAAUGAUCAUACUUUCCUAUGAUCCACAAUACAGAAAAUUUUUUGGCAACCUGGUUAAGGGAGAAUAAAGGUAAAUUUUAUAUCAUACAGUAUUUUCUUACGAAACUGUUAUGGCCAUGAUUUCUAAACAAUAAAGACAAAUCCAUAGUAACUGGUGACUAGUGUUUCCCUGUUUUAAGUCAGAAGUGACAGAAAAAUUGAAAUGAUGCUGGCUCUCCUCUUCCUCUUCAGUACUUCGAUUCUAUGUUGUCACAAAGUUUAGGGUGGGAUGACCACCUGGGUCCUUUGGCUGGCUGGUUCACCUUAACCUUUCUGUAUAGACUAGAGGAUGAAUACAGACAAGUGGGUCAGAGAGCCUUCCUUGUUCCUGGAAAUGCCAACUCGGAUCUCUGGUAUCAUUAAGGAGAAGUUCCCAUGUCAGCUUCAGGCCAAAGCAGAUACUUAAGACCAUACCAGGGGCCCUGAAGUCACUCUGGAAACAGAUCUAUGUGUUAAGCCUGAUUAUGGGUCAGAGGCAGCCAAAAAGCUUGUUGCUAUAAUCAGAUAUGGCUACUUGGAUAUAGCUCAGUUUUCAUGGAUUUGUUUCAUCUAAUUUUAGUCUUUCCGUUAAAGUAGUCAGUAUCAGUAGCAAGUAAAAAGUAUUUGUAAUGCUGGAUCAUUUAGCAAUGAUGAAUUCUUUUUGAUACUUGAUUUAGUAAUUUCAAAAAGUGGUAAAGAAUUCUUACUACAGAGGCAAUAUUGAUUACAAUACUAUAUUACAUUUUAAAAAGGCCAUUUUGCACUACCUGUUUAGCACCGGAAGGGAAAUCACUGUUUUAAAACUUUUUUUCUGGUUAGGGGACACCUGGGUGGCUCAGUCGGUUAAGUAUCUGCCCAGCAUCCUGGGAUCGAGUCCCACAUCAGGCUUCUUGCUCAGCAGGGAGCCUGCUUCUCCUCUGCCUGCCACUCCCCCUGCUUGUGCUCUCUCUCUCUGACGAAUAAAUAAAAUCUUUAAAAAAAAAACAACAAAAAACUUUUUCUGGUUAAAUACAAGAGUAAAAGCAGUGGUGCUUUUGGGGUGCUUAAUGAUUGAAAUUUAUCUUGAGGAAAUAUAAAGUUCUUAAAUGCUUUGGAAGGUUCUUGAUGGCUGUAAUUUGGGCCUAGUUGACAGUACACAUAUUAAGAAAUUUAAGUUUUAUAAUGUGAUUCCAGUAUAAUAGUAACUGACUCACUGAAAAAUGAUGGAAAACAUUUGUUUUAGGUUCUGCCUUUUGGUUUAGGAUCUUUAAAUCUAUAAUUUAAAAUGUGUUAACUUUUACAAAAUUACCUUGCUUAAAAAGUGUUCCAAAACAGCUUACUUACCUUCUUG